AUGCCCACCGUAAUCGAGCAAGACAGCCCAGCCCUCUUUGGAGGACACCCCGACGCUCGUCCUCGAGUCUCGCCACCUCUCGAGGACUCUGGCAGUCUGGGUGCUUAUCAGUCUCUAGACCUGACUCCUGUCAUUGGCAGAGAGUACCAUGGUCUCCAAGUCGCCGAAAUCCUGCAAUCUGCCAAGCGCGACCAGCUGAUUCAGGACCUAGCAGUCACCAUCUCUUCCCGCGGCGUGGUAUUCCUACGUGACCAGGAUGUGACACCUCAGCAGAUGCGGGAGUUCAUGGAGGACUUGACCCGGUUAGCAGGCUGCCCGGAAUCAUCAGGACUCCAUGUCCAUCCCCUGACAGAAGAAGGGAGCGAGCUGGGCGACCAGAUCAGUGUCAUUAGCAGCGAGAAGCAAAAGAAGGGCGGUGGUCUCACACACCAGCUCAGCGACGUGAGUAGAUUCGCGUCCGCAGGCUGGCACACGGACAUCAGCUUCGAGCGCGUCCCAUCCGACUAUGCUAUGCUCAAGAUCCACACUCUCCCUGAAACGGGAGGAGACACGCUAUGGGCGUCCGGCUACGAGAUCUACGACCGUCUAUCGCCUGAGAUGGCGUCGUUCUUAGAGCGCUUGACGGCGACCCACGAUGCCUCAUUCUUCCACGACGAAGCGCGACGACUAGGAAAUCCGCUGCGAAAAGAAACCCGGGGUUCACCGCUGAAUCAUGGAGAUGAGCUCACAUCCAUCCAUCCGGUCAUCCGGACAAACCCCGUCACCGGGUGGAAAUCGGUAUACGUGAACAAGGGCUUUACCAAGCGCAUCAACGGAGUAACCAAAGACGAGUCAGAUGUGCUUCUACAGUACCUCUUCAAUCUUCUCACGCAAAACCACGACGCUCAAAUCCGCUUCAAAUGGAGGAAGAACGAUCUGGCCAUUUGGGACAACCGGUCGACCUGGCACUGUGCGACGUACGACUACGCAGAAACGCGCACAGGCGAUAGAGUGUGUAGUCUGGGAGAAGCACCAUAUCUGGACCCUGGAUCCCAGUCGCGAAGACAGGCUUUAAGGAACAGGCAGUGA